AUGGCGUCUCCUGCCCCAGCCCCAGCAGCGAAGAGGCCGAAGUAUGAAGCGAAGGAUUUGGCUACGAAGGUGCAAGUAUUGAAGGCGUUGCAAGCGGGAGCAUCACGAAAAGAAGUGAUGGAGAAGUUCAGUGUAAAGAAAAGCACGCUGAGCAGUUACGUCAAGAACGAAGCACAGAUCCUGCAAGCUUAUGACGGCGACAUGUUUGGCGACAAAAGAAAGAGGCUCAGAACGGCAGCGCACCCCAAGCUUGAAGAAGCGCUGUUGCGCUGGAUUGCCGUCUCGCGCGAUGCGCAGUUGCCCCUGAGCGGCCCCCUCAUCUGCGCACAAGCUGAGAAAUUUGCGCUGACCAUGAACAUCGACUCCUUCAAUGCGUCGGAAGGGUGGUUUGACCGCUUUAAGAAGCGACACGGGCUGGUGUUCCGCAACGUGUGUGGGGAAAAAGGUGCCGUCGACAAGAGUGUUGUGCGCGACUGGCGGUCUGGACUCUCCGCACGCCUCUCCACGUAUGAGCCGUGCAACAUUUUCAACGCCGACGAGACAGCGCUGUUUUUCAAGGCUCUGCCUGAUAAGACAAUCACGUUUAAAGGGGACCCGUGCGUCGGCGGGAAACGCAGUAAAGAGCGAGUGACUGUUCUUUUGGCUGCAAACAUGACCGGCACGGAGCGGCUUCCGCUGCUGGUCAUCGGAAAGGCUGCGAAGCCAAGAUGUUUUAAGAACAUCAAGCAGCUGCCUGUUGACUACCGCUAUAAUCGAAAGGCUUGGAUGACCGCCGAAAUAUUUCAAGCCUGGCUGCGUCAGCUAGACCGCCGCUUUGCGGCCAAGGAUCGGAAGGUGCUGUUCGUGCUCGACAACUGCAGUGCGCACGCGAAGGUGUCCGGGCUCGAUAAUAUUGAACUUCUGUUCCUGCCUCCAAACACAACGGCUUCCCUUCAGCCGAUGGACCAGGGAAUUAUACAGUUCGUGAAAAGCCGCUAUCGACGGCAGGUGCUUGAGCGAAUGUUGCUCUGCAUGGAGGCAGGCAAGACGUGUGAGGUAAGCCUGCUCAGCGCAAUUCACAUGCUCACAUACGUGUGGAAUAACACGCCGCCUGAAGUAGUCGCGAACUGCUUUAGGCAUAGCGGCUUCGUGCUCGACGCUGCUGACCCGGAUGUGGCCGAUGCUGCAAUGGCCGACUCGGAUGUGGCCGAAGAGCAAGACGGGCGAUAUGUGAACAUCAUGCCAGCCGAUGUGCCCCUGUGCGAUUACUUCGCAAUAGACAGUGAUGUUGCUGUUGCCGGCAAAGUGACUGACAGCGAUAUCGUUGCCGAGGUGUUGGAUGGCGAAGGAGAAUCGGCUGACGAGGACCCGAGCGAAUCAGACGAACGUCCACGCCACACGAUGACGGAGGCUGCACACGCGUUGGCCGUUUUGGAGGACAUUUGCAUGAUUUCCUCAGACAGUGUGCGUGGACUGAGCCACCUAGAGGAACUUCGCAAAAUUGUGGUUUCCGCGCAGAUUUCCUCCGCGAAGCAGACCGCAAUCACAGAUUUUUUCAAGAAAUAA